CGCUCGCCACCGUCGACGCAUUUGCUUCUUCUAAUUUUCUCCGGCUCCGAUUCCACACCAGAAUACAACAUGGUUGCCGCCAAGAAAACCAAGAAGGCUCAUAAGAGUAUUAACAAUAGGCUGGCUCUGGUUAUGAAGAGCGGCAAAUAUACAUUGGGAUACAAAACUGUACUCAAGACUAUUAGAAGCUCCAAAGCAAAACUUGUUAUCAUUGCCAACAACUGCCCUCUUAUCAGGAAGUCUGAUAUAGAGUACUAUGCUAUGUUGGCAAAGGUUGGAGUUCAUCACUACAACGGAAACAACGUAGAUUUUGGGACUGCCUGUGGUAAAUACUUCAGGGUUUGUUGCCUCAGCAUUAUCGACCCAGGUGAUUCUGAUAUUAUAAAGAGUUUGCCUGGCGAUUAG